CUCUCUCGCUGACGCCCGAAAAGUCUUCAAUUGCAACUGGGCUUUGUGACUGUCUGUCUAUUCAUUCACAAACUUGCAAAUUCCCGCAUAGAUAUUCUGUUUUUUCAGUUGUUGUAUCUUCAUCGACUUCUGCAAGAGGGUGUCAAAGAUUCACUGAGACGGAGCAAGAUUUUGAAAUGCAGGAAUUCAAGACCGUGAAGAAGAAAAAGAUGUCGAUUUUUUGCCACUGAUAACUCUGUCAAAUAUCUUCUUUUGAUAAGCCAGGCCAGCGGCAGGCAAUCCCACUUGUGUUUCUUUCUCAUUCAGCGCCUCUUCAAGAAAAUAAUGUCCAUGCCAUCAUCGGCGCUCGUUGCCAUAAUCCCUUCUGUUGCCACGCUUAAGAUUCGAUCUAAAAUGCUUUCUUUCUGGUUUGCGCUCGCCACUCGCCCUCCUGGCCUAGACCCUUAAAUUUUUCACUUCCAUACACACGCACAAAUUCCUUGUCUUUACAAUUUGUAUGUGUAGAAGACUUGCAAUUUAUGCUGGGCAAGUUUUCAAGAUUUAGAUUUUCUUCACACUCGUAAAAAUUCAACUUUAAUUUCACACGCUCAAUCACAUGCACAAGCACCUUUGGUCAGUAGCCAAGAUGCCCUGUUUUAAUUUCUUGGAAUAGUUUUGAGGGUGGUUUUACACAUGCGUAAUCUGUUUUCAGUUGAACACUUUGUGCUGAUCUUUCUGAAACAUAUGCAAACAACUAUCUUAAGAAAUUUUUUGUCUUGAGAUACAGAUCACAUUUUCAGUUGUGUCCUGAUUUUUAAGUUACACUAAUAAGCAUUUUACAUAUAUGCAUAACGGUUGGAUUGAGAGUCUGAUGAGUAUGUAUUGUGAGAAUCAGUCGUCCCGGAAUUCAAUGCCCGUUAAACACUCAUUGGUAUUGGAUGGUGACAAGGGAGAGUUAGUGAAGGCUUCAGAGAGAAUGGGCAAGAAAAUUGGCGUUCCAGAGACAAAGACGAUAGCUGCUUUGAAGAGCCAUAGUGAGGCCGAGAGGAGAAGGAGAGAGAGAAUCAAUGCACAUUUGGUGACUCUUCGAGGUCUUGUACCAAACAAUGAAAAGAUGGACAAAGCUACAUUACUGGCUGAAGUCAUCUGCCAAGUAAAGCAAUUGAGGGCAGCUGCAAGACAAGCCAGUGAAGGUUUGCACAUCCCAAUGGAUGCUGAUGAAGUACAAGUUGAAAUACUCGAGCACAAUGGUGGUGAUGGUUCUCUCUUGUUGAGGGCUUCACUUUGCUGUGACUACAGGCCUGAUCUCUUGUCUGAUAUAAGGCAAGCAAUCAAUGAUCUUCAUAUACAAGUUUUGAAAAGUGAGAUUUCUACCUUGGGAGGCAGGGUGAAGACUGUAUUCUUAGUCACUACCGGUGAAGGGGACAACGGCUAUGCCGCACAAUUGGAAGUUCUCGUGAGUUCGGUUCGUGCAGCUUUGAGUAAAAUUCUUGAUAAAGUCUCUGCAUCAACAGAGUAUGCUCAAGAACUAUUUUCUCCUCGGAAAAGGCAACGAGUUUCUUAAUUUUUAUUGGGAAAUGAUGCAUGCGAAAGUAGACGGCUCCAGAGUCUUCUUUGUUCAUGUGGCAGCCAGCAAGGUUGAUUUUCGUGUAUUUUCUCCGUGAAGAAUGCGUUUUUUCAUUGUUUUUAUGGAACUAUUCUUUGCGGUCAUCUGCUUGUGAGCUCCAAAUUUACAGAAAGGGGCAUGUAUUUACAGUGGUUAUGAAACUUGUUUGAUGUAUCCGUAGAUGAGCGGUAAUUAUUGCUGCUGUGGUCGGAGAUGGUAGCUUUCUAGUUAUAUGCAAUGGAGCUGCCCAUGUUAGCUUUUCUUCUGUAAUACUGUAAUAAAAGCUGAAACGCCGAUGAUUUAGAUUUUUG